AAAAACAAGACACUUACGAAGGAAGAGAACAGAUGAUGAAGCAGUAUGUGCUUGUUCACGGAGGCUGCCACGGCGCGUGGUGCUGGUACAAGGUGAAGCCGUUGCUGGAACAUUCCGGCCACCGUGUCACGGUUGUUGAUCUGACGGCUUCUGGUGUGAAUAUGAGCAGCGUAGAAGAGAUUCAGACUUUGGAGGAUUACGCUAAGCCGUUGCUUGAUGUUCUUGAGUCGUUUGGCUCGGAUGAUAGAGUAGUCCUCGUUGCGCAUAGCCUCGGAGGUAUACCAGCUGCUCUCGCAACCGACAUGUUUCCUAGUAAAAUCUCUGUUGCUGUCUUCGUAACUUCUUUUAUGCCCGACACUACGAAUCCACCUUCAUACGUGUUCGAAAAGUUCAUUGGGAGCAUUUCACAAGAAGAAUGGAUGGAUUUGGAGUUUGGGAGCUACGGAACAAAUGAUAACCCUCUAAUGUCUGUUUUUCUUGGACCUAAGUACUUAAAGAACAUGUAUCUACUCUCUCCUAUCCAAGAUUUUGAACUGGCCAUAAUGUUGGUGAGAGUUGCACCGGCUAUUACAAGUAAUCUAGCGGGGACAAAAAGCUUAACGGAGCAAGGAUAUGGAUCGAUUAAUCGUGUGUAUAUAGUCUGCGGAGAAGAUAAGGGUCUAACUGUGGAUUAUCAACGAUGGAUUAUCGAAAACUCUCCGGUUGAAGAAGUGAUGGAGAUCAAAGAUGCAGAUCAUAUGCCUAUGUUUUCCAAGCCACAUGAACUCUGUGAUCGUCUUCUAAAGAUUGCUGAUAAAUAUGUCUAAUCAAAUAAUAUAUGAAAUAUGAAAUGGGAGAACAAAAAAAAAAAAAGAUGAUUCUACAAGAAUAACAUUAGUGUCCAGA